AUGGACAGAGAUAACGUUCCGAAAUCGCCUCUUCCUCACGUGACUACCCAUCAAGCCGUAGUUAUGGCAGCUCGUCUAUUCGACCUGCAGGUCACAGCAGUUGAAGAUCUCAGCAGCUUCGAUGACAAAAACUUCUAUAUGCGAGGAACAUUGAAAGCACAAGAAGAGCGCAAUGUUUUGCCUAGUAACAAAGAGUUUAUCCUCAAAAUAGCAAAUGAGGUUGAUUCAAGCGACGAAUGUUUUAUUGCGACACAGCUCGGUGUGAUGACGUUCCUCAACGCACGCGGCUUUAAGUGCAGUACCCCUGUUCCCUCCGUCUUGGGCACGCCCUACGUGAUGUGUAAAAUCCCAAGACGUGACUAUCCUGGUGUUAUUGCCCUGGAAACUAACGGAGUCCACCGCGCUGCCGAGAUUUACAAUGGCGAAGCAUAUUCUGAGGAUGUAUUCAUUGUCUGCGCUGUACGGUUGCUUAACUAUGUACCGGGUAAAGUGCUGAAGCAAACUUCACUCAGCAACAAAGUGCUCUUUGAAGUUGGAAAGGCUGUUGGGAGGAUGAAUAGAGAGUUAAAGGUAAAAAAGUUAUUUAGCUUGUUAUUUUUGCAUUUCCAACGUAAUGUACGUUCGAACUGCGCCAUGGGACCAGCGGUAUAUCCCAGUGACGCAUGCUUUCUUUUGAUCAAAGGCCACUGAAAAUUUGCAGGCUUCCAUGUCCUUGAUAAUUUGGUUUUAAAACAGACAUGGAGGAAUAAGUAACCUAUUGGAGAAUAAAAGUUUAAGUGCAGCUUUAAGCCUUUUUCCGAGGCAACAAUCAAAUUGACGUCCUGUAGGUCAAAAAUGGUGACAGGAAGUUGACCUUUCGUGUCAGCCGAACAAUGCAUCGUUUCCUCACCCUUUGUUUAUCUAAAUUCUGGUGGAGACGCAACAAAAUUAUAUACAGGGACCCUCCUCCCCCUAAGGUUCAACCCCUUACCCUUUUAUAUACGUUUUUGAAGAUCUUGUCUGAAAGUUUUGCUUGAAUGGAACACAUCCAGCAUACGUUGUGGCCUUUUGGUUCCCGUGAUGCAGUUUUAUUUAUCAUAUGGUAAAUUUUGUUUGGCAGGAAUUUGAAUGUCAAACGCUGAGUCGUCCAGAUUUCCUCUGGGACAUGUCCCGCGCUGGAGAUGCUGUUGAGGAAUAUCUUGAAGCCGUCAGUGAAAAUCAUUACAUCGAAAUGGUUCAAGAAAUUUGUCACAAUUUUCGAAAGGAGGUUUUGCCAAAGCUGCACCUUCUGCCCAAGCAAUUAAUCCACGGUGAUUUGAAUCAA